AUGGAUUUUGGUGAUGAUUUUGUAGCCGCCCCCACCAGCACCUCAGCCGCAGGUGAAGAAGUUGAUCCAGCUGCUGAAUUUUUGGCCCAAGAAAAAGCAAUUCUUGGCGAUUUGGAAGCUGAAAUCAGCGGCAGCACCACCGCUAAUGUCAUUAAAACAGCCGCUGCCGUCUCCGAUGAUGCGGGCCUCUUGGGUGGUGACAUCAACGAAUUGGCCGGUAGCGGUGGCAGUGGUGGCCUUGAAUCCUCCACCGGUAGCUUUGAAAUGAUCGGCGGUGAUAACAAUGAAAUUAAUCCGAUUUCUGGUCCACCACCAUCCCGUAUUGAACCGGAAAAAAUCCGCAAGUGGCGUGAGGAACAACAGCAACGGCUCGAAGAGAAAGAUCGUGAAGAGGAACGUAAAAAGGAGGAAUUGCGUCAGCAGGCCAAAAAGGAGUUGGAAGAUUGGUUGCGACAAACCGAGGAGUCAAUUGCCAAAACAAAAGCCGCCGCUCGCAAUGCCGAAAAACAAGCGGCUGCCUUGGAAAAUGGUGGAGCCAUGGAACCGGGCACCGAAUGGGAACGCAUUGCCAAGCUGUGUGAUUUCAAUCCCAAAGUUAAUAAGUCCGGCAAAGAUGUGUCACGCAUGCGUUCCAUUUAUUUACAUUUGAAACAAAAUCCCAUACCUGUUAAGGCUGCCCAGAAGGCAUAA